AUGACGGCUCACCACUCCUUCGACUGGGCCUUCGGAGACUACCCGAAGAUGUCGGCUGCUCUUGGAGGACUGCACUACCUCUUCAAGCCACUUCAAGUCCGUGAAAUGGUCGGCCCAGAGGCGAAAGUUGACAAACUCGGCCUCUACGACUUCUCGCCGAAGCUGUUGAAGUUCGUUGAGGCUGUUGGCGAGGGGAUGGGGGUUCUACGAGACAUUGGCGACUCUGAUCCGGAGCGCACCGCGCCACCGAAAAUUGUCGAAUACAUUGAGGCGCGUCGACCAGACUGGGAGGCAGCUGGAAUCUCAUUGACCGUCGAAGACGUCAUUCAGAUGAAAGACAAGUACCCGAUGGCCUACGCGGUGAACCGUGCGACUAUCCCGAACCCCAACCACCACGGCAAAGUGGUCACGGCUGUGUACACUCCGAAAUCGAACACACCGAUAACCGAGACAAUUAUUCUUGUCGGAAAGGGAGUUGCCCUGGACACCGGUGGUGCCGAUCUCAAAACCGAGGGUGGCAUGUAUGGAAUGCACAAUGACAAGCUGGGCGCCGCGUUCGUUGCUGGCUUCUUCCACACCCUCUCUCUCCUUAAACCGGAGGGUGUCAAGGUCAUUGGCUACAUGCCCUACAUCCGCAACAGCAUUGGAAAAUACGCCUACCUUCCAGACGAAAUCAUCACUCUUGUCAACGGUCUGCGCGUCAGGAUCGGUGACACGGAUGCCGAGGGAAGAAACAUCAUGAGCGACGUACUGUAUUACGCGAAGGAACAAGCGAAAAAAGAGACUAAUCCACACAUCUUCACGAUUGCCACCCUCACUGGUGCCGCGAGUAGAUCAUUCGGACCCUAUACUGUCGUCAUGGAUAAUGGACCUGCUGAGGACGUCAAGAUGGCGCAGAAAAUGAUGGCGUGUGGAGAUCGCAUUGGCGAUCCCGCAGAGGUGUCACGAAUCCGCUACGAGGACUUCACACCCAACAUGGGGAACUCGGAGUUCAUCGACAUCCACCAGUACAACCCCUACGGUGGGACCAGCAAACGUGGCCACAGCUUCGCCAUGGGCUUCCUUUCAAUGGCAAGCCAAAUCGAUAAGCACGGUCGAAAUUCGGGAAUACCGAUUCCAUACACGCACUGCGAUAUCGCGGGCAGUGGCGGUGGCAUUAAUGAGCUAGCCACGGCAGCACCACUGCGCAUGUUUUCGCUUCGUUUCCUCUGGUCUCCGAUACCGGCCAAUUGCAACCGCGAGAGUUUGUUUGGUGCCCUAAUGAGUCGGCGCGCGGUGAAGGCGCUUGUGGUGUACGAUCCCCAUCCCCAUGUUUCGAUCUUCCGCGAAUUAGCAGGCUACGAAACCGUGGUUACAGAGGAAGAGGAGGCUGAUGAAGACAACUCGGCCUACCUGAGGUCAUUAGAUCCAAAAGACUGGAAGACAAACGACCACUAUGCUGUACUUAAUUUAAAGAAACUUAGAUACAGAGCUUCGGAUGAGGAUGUCCGCAAACGCUACCGCCAGCUCGUGCUAAAGCACCAUCCAGACAAGCGCAAAGCCCGAGGUGAAAAUAUCAAGGAUAUUUCCCAUGACUACUUUGCUUGCAUCACCCAAGCAUUUGAAAUCCUCGGAAAUCCAUCAAAACGCCACGCCUACGACAGUGUUGAUCCCCACAUUCCCGAGGUCUACCCCACUGCCGAACAGAUCAAACAGGACUUCUUUGGUUGUCUUAAUCCCUUCUUCAUGGAAAAAGCGAGGUGGUCGAAGCAUCAGCCAACGCCUUUCCUUGGGAAUCAGUUGACUCCUCUCGAGCGUGUUCAUCACUUUUAUGACUUUUGGGACAAUUACGAAACGACAAAGGACUUUUCCUUCUUGGACGAGGAAGAUAAGGAGAAGGGAGAAGAUCGGGAAUCGCGUCGUUACAUUGGGCGUCAGAAUCGAGCCGAACGCCAGAGACGCAGGCACGAAGAGCACCGGCGCAUGCACCAGCUGGUGGAUUUGGCGCGGGAGCACGAUCCUCGCCUGAUCGCCGCCGAAAAGGCCGCGCAGGAGGCCAAAGAGAUGCGCAAACAGGCGCGCCUUGAGGCCAUCGCUAAACGCCGUCAGGAGGAAGAAGCCCGAGCGCGAGCUGAAGCAGCUGCAGUGGAGGCGGCACGCGCGGCGAGCGCUGAGCGUCAACGCCAGGAGGCCGAGGCGCAGAAAAAGGCGCGCGAACAAGCCAAAGCGGCCGCAAAACAGGAGAAAAAGAAGCUGCGAAACCUCUGCGUCAAUCGAUACGACCACUUCAUUGCUUCGACGGUUGCCGACGCUUCCUCCUCCUCGUCCUCCAGCCUAUCUCCCGACCUCGUCAAGAUUCAGACCCUUCAGGACAUGGAAUUGCUCUGCCAGGUGCUCUCGACGCUGGAAUUAGCCGAGUUCAACGCCAAACUCGACACCGCCAAAGACCCCGCCGAGUCCUUCGUCAUCUGGAAAGACGAGAUCGCACGAGCGCGCAAGGUGGCCGAGCCGCCGGGUCUACGGGCCGAGUCCAAAGCAGCUGUCAACGCCAACGACGCCUCGUCGUCGUCCUCCUCCUCCUCCAAGUGGACUCUUGAAAUGACCCAACUUCUGAUCAAGGCCGUCAACCUCUUUCCCGCUGGCACUCAGAAACGGUGGGAAGUCAUUGCAGCUUACGUAAAUCAACACUUGGAAGGCGUCUCGGUGACUGGUAAGGAGGCGCUGAAGCAGGCCAGGAGUGUUCGCGAUGACUACGGCACGUUGAAGGAGGAGACCAACAGGAAGGCCUUCGACAGCUUCACCAGCUCCACGAAACAGGUGGACGCCACAAAAUCCGUGACCAUCACGGAUCAAAUUGAAGCCGACGCGUUCCGUCCGUGGACGGUGGCCGAACAGCGCGCCCUGGAGAAAGCCCUACGCGCGCAUCCUGCAAGACCGGACGAGCCCGCGUCGGAGCGUUGGCAGCGCAUCGCCGACGAGGUUGGCACUCGCACGCGACGCGAGUGCAUGCUGCGAUUCAAGGAUCUGGCCGAACAGAUCCGGUUGAAGAAGGCAGCGAUGACGGCGGCCGGUGUGUCGACCAAGAAGUGA